GGAAGCAGCGGAAGCAGCACACACAGCUGCGAGAUGGGUGGUCUGGGCUUGGGCAAGAGGUGGCUAUUUGCUCAGCAGCUGCUCCUGUGGACACUGGCCAACCUCUCAGACUCCAGCAUGCAUUUGCUUGCUCCUGAUGCUGUCACACUUGAGGAGGACUCUCUAGCAAACAUCACCAUUACCUCCAGUUCCCCUGCCAACCAGUCAGUUGUGGUUCAGUUUAAUGUCACCUACAGCUCCAAGACAAACUACUCAUCUAUAAUCACACUCCCAGAGGAGGUGUUGCUGCCAGUGGACGCAACCUCAGUCACUUUCAAUCUGACAGCCCAUGAUGUCGGCCAGGUGACCACAUACCUGCUUAGCAACAGCACGGACCUCAACAGUUUGUCCGUCAGGAUCCGCUUUAUGGUCAUCCAUAGCAACAUUGUGGCAGUAAUAAGUCAAGUGAUUGGCUGGAUUUACUUUCUGGCCUGGUCGGUGUCCUUCUAUCCACAAGCAUGGGAAAACUGGAGGAGGAAAAGUGUUGUAGGUCUCAACUUUGACUUCCUGGCUCUCAACCUUACUGGCUUCAUCGCUUACAGUGUCUUCAAUAUAGGGCUGUUCUGGAUCCCAUAUAUAAAGGAGGAGUUUCUGAAGAAGAACCCGAAUGGAAUUAACCCUGUCAACGCCAAUGACGUCUUCUUCAGUCUCCAUGCUGUCCUGCUCUGUUUGGUGUACAUCGGCCAGGCAGCUGUGUAUGAGAGGGGGGGUCAAAAGGUCUCCUGGACGGCCUUUUUUUUGUUGCUGAUUGCCUGGGCGUUUGCCUUGGUCAGCUUGUUUCUGGCUGUAGCAAAACAGAUCACCUGGCUGGAUUACCUCUACUAUUUCUCAUACAUCAAACUAGCAGUCACUCUGAUCAAAUAUGUGCCGCAGGCGUACAUGAACUACAGACGAAAGAGCACUGAGGGGUGGAGUAUUGGGAAUGUGUUGUUGGACUUCACCGGUGGAAUCCUCAGUAUUCUACAGAUGAUCUUACAGUCUUACAACAAUGAUGAGUGGAGGCUGAUAUUUGGUGAUCCUACUAAGUUCGGGUUGGGUUUGUUCUCUGUGGUGUUUGACAUCCUCUUCAUGACUCAGCACUACUGCCUCUACAGACGGUCGCAGUACGAAGCUGUGACAGCGCAAGAAGACUGAUGCUGACUCAAUGCUGUGUGGAUAGAUUGUCUAAAAACACACACUCACAUGGGAGCACAUGACCGAUUUUCGGUCAACACGAAUGAACGAAUCUUGAUCAAGCAACAGAUGAUUCAAGUUACUGGAGAGAGGUCAUGGUGGUCAUGGAGCUCUCCAGAGCAGAUUUAAACGUCUGAUUUGUAUCCAGCAGCUCUGAGCUCAGUGUGCCUUCUUCUAAAACAUCUCAGGAUCAACACUUUUUUCCUUUUUUUUCUUUU